GUGAAUAUGUAACCAGGCAACCCCGCAGUUGCCAUGGCAACAGUCCUUGUCUCCGAGCUCCAAGUUUGAAGUGCCUGAGGUAGAGAUGAGCAUCGGUUUUGGAGCAAUUAAGUAUAGCUAAACUCUAGGAACUGUAGCAAAUCAGUUAGCAUCUUUCUUUUAACAGCGGAACUGGAGUUGAGCUCAAGACUGAGGUGUUUUUUCUUUCAACGUCCGAGAUCGCUCUCAACUGUUCUGCUAACGUUAGCUAAAUGGAGUCGGAGCAAAGUGAGGGCAGGACGAUGCAUAAAAACAACAACACCAGUGGCGACAAUAAAUGGGUGUUUCUCACCCCCAUGGUCAACAGCUGCAAGUUACACCUUACAUCUGUCAAAUCACUAGUACCAGAGAGAGGCCAGAGGAUGGCGGACUCUCAUGAUUAUGUAAAAGAAACAGAUACGAGAACCACCCAAACGAUAAAUCCUUCUAACCCAAGUGGUGCUCCAAGUGGUGCAGUUUCACAUGCUGCACAAGAAGCUAGAUACAAAUCCAGGAGACCAACCCACAGUGCAGGGGGCACUUACUACCGUCAUUCCUUAAACCUUCCUAAGCCAGCAGGCGGCUCUGGAAUAUAUAAGUACAAUGCAGUUCCUGGUUCCCCCCUCACUCUGUUGCCUUGUGACAGUUUUGCAUCCAAUUUUCAACGAAUCGACUUGGACAGGCACUGUCUGGAAGAAUGCCCCCAGCUUGGCAUUAUGGAUGAACUGCAACUUCUCAACCUCCAGCACAAUCUCAUCACAAGGAUCCAGCAUCUGUCACAUUUGCAACAGCUUGUUUUCCUGAACUUAUAUGACAAUCACAUCUCUGAAAUGACUGGCAUUGAAGCUCUAAGCUCUCUCAGGAUCCUCAUGCUGGGGAAGAACAGAAUCCAUAACAUACGCUGCCUUGGAAACCUGUCCAAACUGAAUAUCCUGGAUUUGCAUGACAAUCAGAUCUGCAGAAUAGAAAACAUAUCUCAUCUGAGCGAGCUGCGGGUGCUGAACCUGGCAGGAAACAGCAUCUCCAGAGUGGAAAACCUACAGGGCCUGGACUGUUUAACUGAGCUCAACCUACGACACAACUGCAUCUCUAUAGUGACUGAGGUGGACCGCCUGCCCUGCUUGCAGCGCCUCUUUCUCAGCUGCAACAACAUCACCAGUUUUAAUCAGCUAGCCUGCCUCGGAGAGUCGUGCUCCCUUUCUGAGCUCACCCUGGAUGGGAAUCCUGUAGCCCUGGAGACAUGGUACAAGCAGGCCGUCCUGCGCUGUGUGCUUCAUCUGAGACAGCUGGACAUGAAGCGCAUCACAGACGAGGAUCGGCGCAUGGCUGGUGUGCAGGCUCGAAAAGAGGAGGAGAAGAAGAGGGAGAGUCACAAGCAGACCAUUCAUAAGGAAAAGCGGCGUCAGGCAAUCCGUAAUGCAGCACAGCAGUGGGAGGGCGUCAGGGCCUGCUUGGAGCUGCCACCAACAAAUGGCGCUAAAGAAGAAGUUAGUCCAGAGAACAGCCCUGCCCACACCCCCGCCCAGACCAAUGGCCUUGCACAGGAGCCUUCUCCAGAUGAGCCAAGACGGAUAAGCCCAGGAUCUGGACCGGAACGACCAUCAGGGGGAACAGAGAGCAGACUCCGCACCAACAGCCGUCCAAACAGCCCACGAGAUCCCAAGCUUGUGGAGGCAGGGAGCGGCAGUGUUCAGAGCUUGUCCCUGUCUGACAGUCAUCUGGCGGAGCUGGAUGGAGAUACCCUGCGUUUAUUCGGACUGGGAGCCUUGGAGGCUCUGGAGAGGGGCUGGGGAGUUCAGACCGCUGGUGCUGUCACAGUAAUAACUUUCCGCUACAUCAACUUUGACGCCAUUGUACCAACGCUGCCGCGAAUAAGGGUCAAGUUCCCCAAUCUAUCGCACCUAAUCUUCUUGGAAACCAACAUCAGCCGUCUGCCCCAGUUGGCGGCCCUGGCUCAGGUGAGGCGUCUGGAUCAGCUGACCAUCCACCCAGAGGGUAACCCAGUGGUCAGUCUGGCUCUAUGGCGCUCCUUCAUCAUCUACCGCCUCCACCACCUCAAUCUGCAGAGGAUCAAUGGCCAGGAGGUAACCAUGAAUGACGUGAUUGCUGCAGAGCGUGUGUUUGGGACAUUAGGUCAUAUAGCAGCCACCGAAACUCCGCGCUGCCGGCUUCUUCUGCUGCUAGAGGAGUCCAGGAAGCGUCAGCUGCAAUUCCUGUUGGAGGGGCGUGGCAGGCGGGCAGGGCUGAGUCCGGAGGAGCUGCGAGACAACGGGAAGCUCCUGGGAGAAGGCCUGAGCAGAGCGCUGUUCAACUACCCAAGCCGAGACUGCAGUGCAGACAGCCCCGAGGAGGGCACUGUGGAGUCAUCGGAGCGUGCUGCCAUGAUACAACAGUACCUCCAGGAGUUGGUCCAAAGGGCGUCAGACACCAAUUUGAAGGGUGAGGCUCUUCACAAGCUCUGGCCCUCCAUGUUUGCAGAGAUGGUGAGGGACUCUGUGUUGGAGAUGAGGGACCGAGCGGCCUUCCGCCAAGCCAGCCUUGCAAAGCUCUCUGAGACCAAGUGAAGAGGACCAAAGGUUCACUCUUAGACCACAAACACUCAUGUACACAUAUGGACAUGGCUUUCCCCCGGGCGUCCCCAGUGCUCCAUCUUAUAAUUCAUCUGUAACACAUCAUCACUUAGUGACUUUAUCAGUUAUUAACAUCUUUGGAACUGAAGGGUAUAUUUCCCCAGUGUCUGGGAAGUUCUCUCUAAAGAUGGAUGUAGACUUAUUUUAAAGAAAUUCUGAUGACAAAGGCGUCUUGAUUGAAUGUAGAUUUUCACUGAAAACACGCUGUCUGAUUUGUCAGUGCUUGGAGCUGUAUCAUACUUGAAGAAAGUUAAAGGGAUUUGUGGUGCAUUGUGGUCCCUACAGAGCAUCCUCUGCACUUUAAAAGCCUUCUGAAUGACCCCUCUUCACCAUCAUCAGCUGGAAAUGACCAGUGUCUCUUUUCUGGAGACUAGAAUGAUUUUUCUGUGUCUUAAAUCUUGUUUCAUGCAUUGUUCUUUCAUUUUCUCCUGCCUGACAUAAAAGAGGGGCACACACAAGGAUAUGGACUUUUCUUUGUUUACCACUGAUUUUCUGUAUUGUACUUAGUAUUAAAAGAUUCUGUAUUAACACUCA